AUGAGGAAGACGAAGAACGGACUGUGUCUGCUGAAAUUACAAGUAGAAGCAGACAAACCAGACGGACGCGAACAGUUUGGACGACAGAUCCAAGACGUGAUCGGGGAAGCGGGCAAUGUCAGGGCUAUGACCUCCAAGGUUCAACUGGAGAUCAUGGACCUGGACUGUGUGGCGACCCCGGACGACGUGACGGACGCGCUCAGGCGAGAGACCGGACGAGACGCGGACUUUCGGGUUCACAUUUUCGGUCCAAACCGCGCUGAGCAGUACAUGGCGGUCUGCGAACUCGAUUCGCGGGAAGCCGAUGCGCUGCUUCGGCGUGGCCGGAUCGGAAUUGGCUGGGUACAUUGCCGCGUUCGGAAACGACUGACGGUGACGAAAUGUUACAGGUGCCUGGGCUUCGGCCACGUUAAGGCCGAAUGCAAAGGCAAAGACAGGACGAAAUGCUGCCGCAAGUGCGGUGCAUCCGGACACCUCGCGACGGACUGCAAGAACAAACCGGUCUGUCCACUGUGCUCCGAGGCCGGGCACAAGGACGUGGCGCACCUCGCCGGAACCGGCAGGAGAAGGACGACUCAGACGUACAUUACGAACGAGACAGAGACCACAGCUAUCUGGGUAAGGGGUGCCACCCAAUCCCGAGUCUCUAACCGCGGUGUCGGGGACGAUUACGUCUGGGCUAAAGUCGGCGCUGUCACUUACGUCAGCGUCUACUUGACACCCAACUGCACCGCGGCCGAGUUCGAGAGGAAGGUGGCACUACUAGAAGACGGUAUCAGGGACCUGCCCGGGGACGUCGUCGUUGCGGGGGACCUCAACGCGAGGGCGAUCGAGUGGGGAAUGACGGAAACGAACAGACGCGGACGACUGCUGCUGGAGAUGGCCGCAAGGCUGGACCUAGCAGUGGUCAAUACGGGACAUACGCCGACGUACAGACGACCAGGAUUUGGAGACUCCAUCCCGGACGUGACGCUGACGUCGGACGAACUCAAAGACGCCGAAACAGCAGGACGGAUUGUUGACGGAUUGUUUCCGACGCACCCGAUACGGACGAACGUGAACGUGACGGACGACGCUGACGUGCCGGCGCCCCCCGUCUUUGUCGCUGAGGAGCUCACCAGAGCAACGAAGGCGAUGAAGACUGGUAAGACGCCGGGACCAGACGGAGUACCGGCUGAGAUCCUCCGGCUCGUGGCUCGCCUACGGCCGGAGAUACUUCUCGACCUGUACAACACGUGCUUGACGACAGGAACGUUCAGCGGUCGGUGGAAAGAGGCGAGGCUCGUCCUUAUACCGAAAGGUAGGGGCGACCCUAACACGCCCUCGGCCUACCGACCGUUGAGUUUACUUGACACGACAGGUAAACUCUACGAACAAUUACUGAGACCGAGACUGACGGACGCGAUGCAGGCCGGAGGGGGUCUCUCCGACCUGCAGUUCGGUUUCAGGAGGGGUCGAUCGACGAUUGGAGCAAUCCAAAAGGUGGUUGACUCUUUCCUGGAACUGGACAGACACUGCCACGCAGCCCGACCUAUCGUGCUGUUGGCGACACUGGACAUCAGGAAUGCUUUCAACUCGGCCAGGUGGGUGGAUAUCUUGGAGGCGCUGAAAAGCAACUUCGGGAUCCCACCUUACUUGGCUCGGGUUGUGGAGGAUUACCUGAAAAACAGACGUAUAACGUACGAGACGAUAGAAGGACAGGUAACGAGACAGGUCACCGCUGGGGUUGCCCAGGGGUCGAUACUGGGACCUGACUUCUGGAAUGGCUUAUACGACAGCUUGCUUCGGCUGGAGAUGCCGCUCGGAGUGAUCCUCGUCGCCUACGCUGAUGACGUAGCGGCGGUGAUUACAGAGCGCUCUCCGGAACUAGCACAGCUGAAGUUGAACCAGACCAUGAGACGAGUUGGACGUUGGAUGACAGACCACGGACUGCAACUCGCAACGGAAAAGACGGAACUGACGCUCCUUACGAGAAGACGCAUACAGACGAUACUGCCCAUGAGAGUGGGGGCACACGAGACGGAGACCAAGGGGGAAGUCAAGUACCUUGGGGAUUUGUGA